AGACACGCCAUGCUAAGGAUCCUCAUCGCUCUUGCUGUCUGCGGCCAUGCAGCAGCCUUCGCUCCCUCCCUGAACCCAGGACGUUUGGCCCUCAGGAAGUCGCAGCCUUGCCCUCUCAAGCCUGCCCACCUUCCCGCUAUCCUCUCGGACAAGCAGCACUCUGUGCCAGCAGUUGCACAGCAGGCUACUAAGGGCAUCUCCUUCCCCCAGCUCGACGGCAAGGGUAUGAGAGUUGGGAUUGUUUCUACCCGAUGGAACGCCGAGGUUGUGAACAAGCUCAAGGAUGGAGCUCGUGCUGGUCUCAAAGAAUGCCAAGUCGAAGACUCGAAUGUCGUCGAGUUCGAGGUUCCAGGAUCCUGGGAGCUGCCUCUUGCCUGCCGCUACAUGGCUCAGACACAGAAGGUGGACGCCAUCAUCGCCAUUGGAGUCCUCGUCAAGGGCGAGACGGACCACUAUGACAUGAUCAAGGACGCUGCUACCGACGCGCUCAUGAUGCUCGGCCUCGAGACUGGGAUCCCCGUGCUCAAUGGAAUCCUUGGAUGCCACACUAUGGAGCAGGCUGAGGCUAGAGCAACAGGAGACAACAACCAUGGAGUGUGGUGGGGGAAGACUGCGAUCGAGAUGGCUACCCUGCGAGCGACGCAGAUGGGCAAGGGACCCAUCGCAGCUUCUGGAGUGGAGAAGAAGAAAGUUUUGUUCUAAGUGCUGGCAAUCUCGAGAGUCCGUUUCGGUCUUCUGCUAUGCUUUCGCAAGGAAUUUUCAACCUGAGAGAGGGACCAGUUUGACUAGUAAACGAUCAAAACUUG